CACCUUCCCCACAUGGCUAUUUGAUUUCAAUUAUAUUGUUCGUUUACCUUGAUCAUCGUCUCAUUCAAGUGUAUUGGUGUUAGUCGGUCAAUCAUUGGUGUCACUCAGCAAGCACAUACUCCGGAGAAAAUCUAAUGUAUGAUUAUCAGCAAGAAUAAGGUCUUGAGAAACUACAUCACUAUCAGCAAGUACAGUGUCAACAGCAAGUAUAUGGUCAACAGCAAGUAUAUGGUCAACAGCAAGUAUAUGGUCAACAGCAAGUGUAUGGUCAACAGCAAGUAUAUGGUCAACAGCAAGUAUAUGGUCAACAGCAAGUGUAUGGUCAACAGCAAGUGUAUGGUCAACAGCAAGUAUAUGGUCAACAGCAAGUAUAUGGUUAUCAGCAAGUACAUGGAAAUCGGAAAGUCUAUCAGAAGUCAUAUGGGUAUCAGCAAGUACGAAUGUGUUUUCAACAAACCUUUCGUUAUCAGCAAGUCUAUGGCGUGAAAUCAAAUUACGAAUAGGUCUUCAACAACCUUUUCACCAUGUGGAGCAUAUUUUAUUUAUUUCUAGCAUUUCAAGAGAGGAGUUGGUCUCGGUGGUUCAGGUCAGCACGCC